AUGGGCGAGUCCAGGACAGAACUACUGGCUUGGCUCAACGACCUCCUUCAAGUCAACUACACCAAAGUCGAGCAAUGCGGGACGGGCGGCGCGUAUUGUCAGAUUAUGGAUUCGGUCUUUGGCGAUGUGCCAAUGGCGCGUGUCAAGAUGAACGCCAAGCAUGAGUACGAGUUCAUCGCAAACUUCAAGAUUCUGCAAAACGUCUUCCGUUCACACAAGGUCGAGAAGCCCAUUGUCGUGGAGAAGCUUGUCAAAUGCAAGAUGCAGGACAACCUGGAGUUCCUCCAGUGGAUCAAGCGCUUUUGGGACACGAACUACGGAGGCCAGGGCUACGACGCCGUCGCUCGACGACGCGGCGCUCCCACAGACACACCUGCCACCAUCGCGCCACUCGCGCCGUCCCGCGGUAGCUCUACUACUCUGCACACCGGUGCACCCCGAGCCGGCGGGCGAACUCCCAUUAGCGGCCACCGAGCUGGGUCAACGCAGCCGAACGAGCUUGUGCAGAACCUCCAGGCGCAGCUACGCGAAAUGUCAACGCACCUGGAGGGCCUCGAGAAAGAGCGGGAUUUCUAUUUCUCCAAGUUGCGCGACAUCGAGAUCCUUGUCCAGGGACAACUUGAAGCCCUCGAGGCGGAAGGCAAGGACGACCCGUUGAUGCGUGACAUACAGAAGAUUCUCUACUCUACAGAGGAGGGCUUCGAAGUACCGGAGGGAGGUGCCGUUGACGAGGAGGAGACGUUCUGA